AUGAGUCUGAAGGUUCUGGCUAUACUUUUAGCAGUACUCCUCUAUUCUACUUCUGUUCACGGUUUCUCAAUGUUCAGAGGGGGAUGGUGCCUUUGUAGAAGUUCUACAGUGAACUCGGUGUAUAGAGCAAACAUUAAAGAGAUUUCAAUAUUUUUCCCAAGUGGUAGCUGUAACAAAAUGGAAAUUAUCAUCACUCUGAAAGAAGGUAGGGGCCAAACAUGCUUGAAUCCAGAAUCCAAGCAAGCAAAGCUUAUCCUGAAGAGAGCUACAAAAAAGAAUUCUUAAAAGGAAGCUCAGAAAGCACCUCAAAACGGUUCCUUUCCUGAUUACUAAAUCACUCACUACUCACACUACAAAUGAUGGGACACUGGUCUCCAUAGUUUUCCAGUGCUUUCCAGCUCCAGAGCUAUGAUCCUACAAUCCAUCCUGUAGACAACCUUUUUCUCCAUUUCAACCUCCAUCCAUAGCCCAAGAACCACCAAGGAGAUAUGUUGUCUAC